AUGCGAUCGGAGAUCGUGGAUGGGAUGAGUGAAUUCUUGCGACAACGACCCGCGAAUCGAGCCUGGUUAUGUCGUUUGGAGGCCGAUCCCGGGCCAUGCGAUGCCUACAUUCGGAGCUACUAUUUCGAUCGAAAUCUAGGCCAAUGCGUCUAUUUUGUCUAUGGCGGAUGUCAGGGGAAUCCGAACCGAUUCACGACGAGAAAAGAAUGCGAAAGGGCUUGCAUUAUUGAU